UGACUUCAUCAUUCUCUUCUCAUUCCUAUUCUCAUUCUCUCAUUCUCUUCUUUUCAUUCAUUCACUUGUUAGUGAAAGUAUUUUUUUUUUGUUUGUACCUAUACCUUUUAUUUUUCUCACACUUGUAUAUUAAAAACACAUUCCUCAAAAAUGUCCUCUACUACUCUAAGUCGCCGAUCUGGCAUUCGAGCCCCCUCUGGUAGUGGCCGUCCACGGUCAAGACCCUCUUCUUCCAGUACGAAUGUCGAUCCUGCCAAUAAUGAAAAACAACAACAACAACGACAUUCAUACUCUGCCAGCUCUGGAUCUGAAUCUGAUCUAUUAGUUCCACCCGCACCUCCACCAACACAGCAAUUAUUGUUCACAGAAGAGCCACAAGAAAUGACAAAAGAGGAAGAAAGAGAGCUAACCAGAGGAGAAGCGAGAGGAGAAAGAGAAGAAAAAGUAAGAGGGGAAGAAGAAGUAGAAAAAGAUAAAAAUAUUCAUACUCGCCUCCUCAACGAUGAUAUGUUCACACGUGCGUACAAGCCUAGUUUUUAUUCCGAACCUCUGGGUGGUAGUACGAACUACGACAACGGAUUUAUUGAUUAUAUUACCAUUGGUAAUAGUAAUAGCAGUAAUACUCGUAAUAACACCCGUCCAGAUUCAGUAACUGAUGGUUAUAACAUUAGCAGCAACCACAACAGCAAUAGCAACAAUAGUGACAACGACAACGACAGCGGCAACACCGAAAAGGCCAAAAGUAAAUUCAUAUCGCCACCAUCUUCUCUAUCACCAUCAUCACCAUCAUCACCCCCUCCACCUUAUUCUCAAACUCCACGGGUCAAAACUCCAAGGCCCAACACUGUGCACCAGGACACUCUGAUUGGAAAUGGUAACAUCUAUAGUUUCCAUGAGCAUAAUUUCCCAAUGCCACCUCGCUCUCGCUCCCCUAACCCUCAGACCAACCCACAAACAGCCCUCCAUCAGCAACUGGAACAGCAGCAGAAACCAUCUCCUUCAUCAAUUCCUCCACAUUCACCACUACAGGAACAAGGAGCCGGUGUCGUUAACCAGGCUUUAUCGCGCUCCGAAAUCCCUCCUCGACGCGAUUCCAUAUGGUUGGGACCUCCUGAUGAGACCGGCACCGUCGACUCUGGCUCUACUGUACCAGCAUUCCAUCCAGGGCAGAGGGAACUAGACUAUUUUUGUCUGAGUCGAGUAAGGGAGGAAGACGAAGAUGGUGAUAAGGAGCAGGAGCAGGAGGAGGAGGAGGAGGAGGAGGAGGAAAAAGAAGAAAGAAAAACGGACGAUAGAGAAAUAAUAGUGGUUGUCAAAGAUUUUGCAGAGAGAACCAGAAAUGACAAUCCAUGGGAUGAUGCGGGAUACGAACAACAGCCUGUCAAAAAAUUUCAGUUACGGGAUCCCUCCACACCCAAUUUCCGUCACGCACAAGCACAAGCACAGACUCUGAUGCAUGGGCACAGCCUUCAACGACAAUCUGAUCAACAAUCAUUCCCCAUUCCACCAGUCCGACCUCGGGUCCGACAAGGUAGAAGGCCAAGGACACCACCUUCACCCAUUGAUGCGUUCCAUAAUGAGGAUGACGCCGGUGGAGACAACUUUAAACAAUAUACCAAUGAGCUUGAGACCCAAGAGACAUUGAAGCGAGAGCGAACGAGGAUCCUUCAACGCACAGUCGUAAGCAGCUAUCGACAGAUCAAUUACAAAGACAUCACCAAUGUUCAACCACUUAAAAAGGGCGGCUUUGGGGAAAUCCAUACUGCAGAAUGGUCGCGCCUCAAGGUGGUCUUGAAGAGAGCGCUGGCUGAUGGGAUUGAACAAUUUGAACAGGAGCUUGAAAUCUUGAAGCGUGUGCACGACUAUGAUUUUAUCGUCCCGUUCUAUGGUGUCACCAUGGACCCUAUUGCAAACGUGAGAUGCAUGGUAAUGAAACACUGUGCCAACGGUAACUUGUGUCAGUUUCUGGAAAAGAACCACACUACCUUGACCUGGGCAGAACGAUACCGGUUGUCGAUUGAGAUCACUAAAGGGCUGGAGUUCCUUCACAAGUCAGGGUUCUAUCACCGAGAUCUCCAUAGUGGUAAUAUUUUGUUGGACGACAAACGAACAGCCAUGCUCUGUGAUUUCGGGCUGAGUCGAUCCGUGAACAAAACUCGUACGAUGGAUAUGACUGCAACUGUGGGUGUGGCGUCCUUUUUGGCACCUGAACGUUUCCCAGCAGAGAGACCUGUUUAUUCUGCUGCAUGUGAUAUCUACAGUUUAGGAGUCAUCUUUUGGCAUAUUACCUCUGGUAGGAUUCCGUUUGCUAAUCGAUUGGGAGCUGGGACUGGGGUCGCAUUGUUACUGCGUCAGCUCAUGGAGGGUCUCCGUGAGGAGAUUGAGCCGGAUACACCAGUCGAAUAUAGGAAUCUGUUGACUCAAUGUUGGGAUGUCAAUCCUUCUGAACGACCACCAAUUGACAUGAUCAUUGCAGUAUUGCAAACUCUUAUGGCUGAACCUUCAGAACCAGUUCAUCUUCAACAACAACACGGCGGCUAUCCUUAUCAUCACCCUCACCAUCGUCCAGUCGCAGCAGGCUUCACAGUACCCAGUAGCACUACCUCAGCUGCUUUGCCUGUCCCUCCGGAAUUGGAUACAAAGAUGGCAAGUCUGGAACGCGCUUCCAACACGCUCAAUAAGAUGGUAUUUGACAUCACAGACCCUACCAUGAGAGAGACAGUUGACUAUAUCCACCGCAUGCGUAGGCGCUUCCGAGAGCAACGAAUGCCAAAACAACCAUAUUCCCUUUCCAACCCACCAACGGUACCCAUCUAUCUUUGUCCACUCGUAGGGGACAUUGAAGGAUUUGAAUACCAUCUUUCAGUCCAUGACAAAUCCUACAAUCCUAUCAAUGAAUCUAGUGAGCAGACAGGUGAUACAGCUUUACACUUGGCUUGUCUGUUCCUUGAAUCCCCAUUGGAUACGAUCAAGGUCCUAGUCGAACUCGGCGCCGAUAUUAAUCUCGAAAACUUGCAAGGCUAUACGCCUCUGAUGAUCUUGGUCUCCUCAAAUACUCAGUACUGUUAUGAGGCCCUUAAGUACCUUGUCAUGCGUGGAGCGCGUAUUCCGGCUUAUAUCCGUAAUCCGAUUACACCCUUGGGUAACGCUCAAACCUAUGCCAAGGACAUCGUUAACGAAUCUAGACAACUCCAGAUGGAUAAUUCUGUCAAAUAUGCUAAACAAGCUAAAGUUAAUAGUAUUACCCACAACAACAGCAGCAGCAACAAUCGUAAACAACGAGGAGGAAAUCGGUUCUAUGCACAAGGCCGACCUCUUAUCCAUGUUGUUGCUGCGAUGCAAGACGACUAUCGAAUUCUGGACUGCCUUUGUGAAGCAGGGCUGGAUCCGGCGAUUACAUUUGGAGGUGAGAAUGCUUUAGUAGCUGCGGCAGCUCAUUUAAAGAUCAAGAACAUGGAAUGGUUAUUGAACAAUGAUCUCGAUAUCAGUUCGCAAAAGAUGAUCACGCGUGCUACUAAGGUCGUCCGCUUACUCCAUGCACCCGUCCCAACGUCCCCGACCGAUAUCGGUGGGUUUAAUGUCUAUGGGCACGGGACUAUGUACAUCACUGCCAAUCAUAAACGAGGAGGCGCAUCCGGUCCUGGGACAAGUUCAGAUGUCAUUAUCAAGGGUUCUACCUGGGGUCGACUUGACCCAAAGGAGUUUCCUGAAGAUAUCCGUGAGCUAGGUCAAUAUUCUUGGGCAGGUGCUGCUUAUAAAGGUCGUCAAGGUACAGAUCAAUUCAACAAGGACAUGAUUGGGCCAGUAUUACAGCUUUUAGAACAAUGGUCUGGCCAUCGACUGAAUGAGGCAAGGAAACAAGUCGCAACCAAGCUGAUGAAGGCGCAUCGCGCUGCUGUGGCUGCAAUGGCUGCUGUGGCUGCAGUCGCUUCGAAUAAUGCAACGACGAAUGCUACUCCUCCCAUUCUCCCCCGUUCUCCUUCUCCCAUGCGUAUAGAUACUGUUAGCGCAAGUCACCACCACCAUCACAACAGCCCCAGACCUUCUUCCCCUUUUGCAGCACCAUCUAGCCUUGUCAGCCCAGGGGAAAGUGUUCCAUAUAUACCUCCUCCACCUGCUAAUCUUAAUCCUGGUCGAGGUAGUUCUAACAUCAAUAACGGUUCUUCUCGUCAUCACUCCCUCAGAAAGAACCAACGACAUUUAAUUGAUCAUGUCUUAAGAGCCAAGGCACCAGUCCGGUACUGAAAAAAAUAAAAAAAAGUAACAUAUACGCCCGAUUAUCUUGUAUCAAGACCUUCCUUUGUUUAUAGCCGGAAAAGGCCUUUUUUUGUCUUGUGUUUUUUUUUUCUUGGUAAAAGUACA